UGAGCAACAGAAGCGCAAGGGUCCAGAGUUGCCGCUGGUUCCAGUCAAGAGGCCGCGGCAUGAGUUGCUGUUGGGAGCUGCGGGGUCGGGCCCCGGAGCGGGACAGCAGCAGGCGGCGCCGGGGGCCUUGCUGCAAGCGCCUCAGAUAAAGAAGCUUGUGUCCUCAAAUCCGGCUGGCACCAUUUCAAAAUAGAUCUCCAAACGGCUACCACUUGUGCCACCUCCAUCACUAGUUCCUGAUCUAAGCUAUUACUUUCUCACCUGGCAUUAUUGCAGUAAGGUCCUAACUGGUAUUCCUGUUUCUGCUCCUGGGUGGUCAUUUUGUUCUCAAACCAGCAGCCAGAGGAAGCCUUCUGAAUGGGCCUCCAAGGUGUUCCUCCCUUCAAGCCCCAAUCAUGCUUCUCUCAGGACAUGAAGGCGAAGUGUACUGCUGCAAGUUUCACCCCAAUGGAUCCACCUUGGCAUCUGCAGGAUUCGACCGACUGAUAUUGUUGUGGAAUGUCUAUGGUGACUGUGAUAACUAUGCAACAUUGAAGGGACACAGUGGAGCAGUGAUGGAACUGCAUUAUAACACAGAUGGCAGUAUGCUCUUCUCAGCAUCCACAGAUAAAACUGUGGCAGUGUGGGAUAGUGAAACAGGUGAGAGAGUUAAAAGGCUGAAGGGACAUACUUCCUUUGUGAAUUCCUGUUAUCCGGCCAGGAGGGGCCCCCAGCUUGUCUGCACUGGCAGUGAUGACGGUACAGUUAAGCUUUGGGACAUCCGGAAGAAAGCAGCCAUCCAGACAUUUCAGAAUACCUACCAGGUGUUGGCUGUGACCUUCAAUGACACAAGCGAUCAGAUUAUUUCUGGUGGGAUAGACAAUGAUAUCAAGGUCUGGGACCUGCGUCAAAACAAGCUGACCUACACCAUGAGAGGCCAUGCAGAUUCAGUGACUGGCCUGAGUUUAAGUUCUGAAGGCUCUUACCUUCUGUCCAAUGCAAUGGACAAUACAGUGCGGGUCUGGGAUGUCCGGCCAUUUGCUCCCAAAGAGAGAUGUGUAAAGAUAUUUCAAGGAAAUGUCCACAACUUCGAAAAGAAUCUUCUGAGAUGUUCUUGGUCACCUGAUGGAAGCAAGAUAGCAGCUGGCUCAGCUGACAGGUUUGUGUAUGUGUGGGAUACCACAAGCAGGAGGAUUUUGUAUAAGCUGCCGGGCCAUGCUGGCUCCAUCAAUGAAGUGGCUUUCCACCCCGACGAGCCCAUCAUUCUCUCAGCAUCCAGUGACAAGAGACUGUAUAUGGGGGAGAUCCAGUGAAGAUCAGGAAUGGAAGACGUCAAGGCUGCUUGACCUCCGACUGCAUCAGUGGCAUCAAGAGAUGCCCAAGCCAGCAUCCUCCCUUCAGAUGAAGAUCAAGAAACCAGUAGGAGGUGGCUGUAUUCCAACAACCACAUGCACCUCAUUUCACCAGGAUGGAUGAUUAAAGCAAGCUUACAGAGGCCUCUCAAAACCACCUGCCAGACUUCAGGGAUUGUUUGGUUUUUCUUCUCCUUUUUUUUUUUCUUCAAAGGGACAGACAUUGGUUGGUUUGUAGUUUCCUGUUUUCUCAUCCAGAUUGAAGACAGGGAAUGUGACUGAAAUUUGCUUAUUGUGGAUUUGUUUUAAUAACUGGCUUGUAAAUUUUAUUUCUGUUUCUCUGAGUCAUUUUGUAUUAAAAAGCCAAAUAGAUGCCUUUUUACAAGA